AUGUCUCCAAUGGAAAUUUACAUUCUUUUUGUACACAUCUUGAUCGUAGGCAUCGCAGCCAACCCAAUUCAUCUUAACGAGCGACGCACAGAAGCGCAAACAUCAGCCGUCGACAUAUCCCCGCGAUCCUACUUCACACCCGUCUACAAACCCGAAAUGCACCCCGUCCAGUGCCACGACGAAGCCGACUUCCGCGGUCACGCCGACAUCGACCCCCAGAUGAUGUGGCGGGGUAUCUACGGGUUCUGCUCCGAACAGUACGCCUCGACCCAGACGCUCGACAAGACCGACGACCCCACCUACAACAACGGCCACCUGGUCCGCACCGCCAGCUGGCGGUACCGGGACUGGCACGGCGUCAACCACGACUUUAGAGUUUGGUGGGAACCGGGCUGCAGGGUCACCGUUGGGACACAGAGCCUGCAGCGUCCGUUGGGGGAGGGGGGUCCCGACUGUCGUGACAUCAUGAGCUCGACCUAUGAUGAGUGCACCGGCAACGGUGGUGUUGGCGGCAGGAUGAAGGUCGGUUGCCUCAUCUACGAGUAUAAGGGGGGAAAGGGCGACAAUGAUGAUCCUGCGUCGUGA